UGGAGUUAAAUUGAGUGUUUUAUUAAAUAUAUUUGGGUUUUAUUGGAGUUAAAAAAGAUGGCAGCUAAACGUAAAAGUGACAGCAGUGUUCCCGCGGAGGAGAGCGACCAGCUGCUGAUCCGUCCGCUGGGAGCCGGACAGGAAGUCGGACGGUCCUGCAUCAUCCUAGAGUUCAAAGGACGAAAAAUCAUGCUGGACUGUGGGAUCCAUCCUGGUCUGGAGGGGAUGGACGCUCUGCCGUACAUCGAUCUCAUUGAUCCAGCUGAGAUCGACCUGCUGCUCAUCAGCCACUUCCACUUGGACCACUGUGGAGCUCUGCCUUGGUUCCUGCAGAAGACGAGCUUUAAAGGACGCACCUUCAUGACGCACGCCACCAAGGCCAUCUACCGCUGGCUGCUGUCUGACUACGUCAAAGUCAGUAACAUCUCAGCGGACGACAUGCUGUACACGGAGACGGACCUGGAGGAGAGCAUGGAGAAGAUCGAGACCAUCAACUUCCACGAGGUGAAGGAAGUGGCCGGCAUCAAGUUCUGGUGUUACCACGCCGGCCACGUCCUCGGAGCCGCCAUGUUCAUGAUCGAGAUCGCCGGUGUCAAGUUGUUGUACACAGGAGAUUUCUCCCGUCAGGAGGAUCGGCAUCUGAUGGCAGCUGAGAUCCCGAGUGUUAAACCAGACAUCCUCAUCACCGAGUCCACCUACGGGACUCACAUCCACGAGAAGCGAGAGGAGCGGGAGGCUCGUUUCUGUAACACGGUGCACGACAUCGUGAACAGAGAGGGUCGCUGUCUGAUCCCCGUCUUCGCUCUGGGACGAGCCCAGGAGCUGCUGCUCAUUCUGGACGAGUAUUGGCAGAACCAUCCGGAGCUCCACGACAUUCCCAUCUACUACGCCUCGUCUCUGGCCAGGAAGUGCAUGGCCGUCUAUCAGACCUACAUCAACGCCAUGAACGACAAGAUCCGCAAAGCGAUCAACAUCAACAACCCGUUCGUCUUCAAGCACAUCAGCAACCUGAAGAGCAUGGACCACUUCGACGACAUCGGCCCCAGCGUGGUGAUGGCGUCUCCGGGUAUGAUGCAGAGCGGUUUGUCCAGAGAGCUGUUUGAGAGCUGGUGCACCGACAAGAGGAACGGGGUCAUCAUCGCUGGAUACUGCGUGGAGGGAACACUCGCUAAGCACAUCAUGACGGAGCCCGACGAGAUCGCCACCAUGUCGGGUCAGAAGCUUCCUCUGAAGAUGUCGGUGGAUUACAUUUCCUUCUCUGCUCACACUGACUACCAACAGACCAGCGAGUUCAUCAGAGCACUCAAACCUCCGCACGUGAUUCUGGUCCACGGCGAGCAGAACGAGAUGGCUCGUCUGAAAGCGGCUCUGAUCCGAGAGUACGAAGACAACGACGAGGUCGACAUCGAAGUUCACAACCCGAGAAACACCGAAGCCGUCACGCUCAACUUCAGAGGAGAGAAACUCGCAAAGGUGAUGGGCUCUCUGGCUGAUAAGAAGUGCAUUCAGGGUCAGCGGGUCUCCGGGAUCCUCGUCAAACGAAACUUCAACUAUCACAUCCUGACGCCCUCCGACCUUUCCAACUACACAGACCUCUGUAUGAGCACGGUGACGCAGAGUCAGGCGAUCCCAUACAGCGGACCCAUCUCCCUGCUGGUCAGCCAGCUGCGGAGCCUCGCAGGAGACGUGGAGCAGGUGGACGGAGCGGAGAAGAUCACCAUCAAGAUCUUUAAGAGCAUCACUCUGGUUCAUGAAGCCGGCAUGGUGCUGCUGGAGUGGGUCGCCAACCCGCUAAACGACAUGUACGCUGACGCCGUCGCUACGGUGGUCCUGGAGGUCCAAUCCAACCCCACUGCACAGAAAUUUCUUGAAGGGAAACGGGAAACCUUCGACAUGGACGUGUUUGUGGAGAGACUGGUGCUCAUGCUGCACGACAUGUUCGGAGACAACUGCGUGAAUUUCAAAGACAGUAAAAACAUGAGCGUGACGGUGGACGGAGUCACUGCGUCCAUCGACCCAGAAACCAGAUCGGUGACGUGCGAGGAGGACGAGACUCUGAGGGAAAUGAUCGAGAUCGCCAUUCAUCGCCUCCACGACGCUCUCAGCCCCGCCUUCUAACAGGCCACACCCCCUCUGUGAUGUCAUCUCCUGUCCGCUCUGUGGUCUGAGCGAUGAUGAUGAUGAUGAUGAUGAUGAACUUCUUUAACAAAGACGGUUUCUUUGUUAGAAACAUGAUUCCAAAGGAAUCGUCACCUUCAGGACGGAUCAUGAGUUUUCAGCUGGUUGUUUUUCUACUUUUUAGUUACGUUGAAAAAACCUCAAAAUAAAGUGAAUUUCUUUAUAAAUGUU